AACACGUGUUGUUUUGCUGCAUUGUUUGCUUUGUUUAUGUACUUUAUGUUCUUUCACACCACCUGCAGGAAUUUAUUCUUCCUCGAAGUUUUCAUCACCUCAGUGACUUCAGCUACGGCGAAGACGUCAUGAAUUUAACAAAGAUGGCCGGGCCGUUCUUAGUCGAUACCCCAUACUGCAAGAUCCCGAAUCUGGACCCACUGGAUAUCAGCGUCAAACACUGGGUGCGUCAGCCAAUGAGGGUGGCGUGCCCGCGUGACAUGUCCCUGACUUACGUUUUUGGCGGUAAACUAUUUGUAAAUUGGACAGCAGUAAACAUAUCAUACUUGAAGGAAGGGAAAAUGGUGGCAUAUUGUAGAUAUCAGUCAAUACAGCACCCUGAAAACGGAAAACACAACGACUAUUCUUACUCUGUGGAAAGCGAUAAAUUCAGGGAGUGGGUGAACGUAAGCAAAGAAUUUAUACGUACUCAGUGUUACAAUGCAUCUAACAAUGUCAUUUACACAAAUUUCCAUUAUGUUAUGAAUCCUCUCUAUAGUAAAUCUGACGUUGAGGUUCCCCGAGAAACAAGAACACCAAACGUGUUAUUAGUUGGAGUUGAUUCUGUGUCAAGGAUGAAUUAUAUUCGGUAUAUGAAAAAAACACAGCAGGUUAUGUUAAAAUUGGGUGCACUGGAGUUUGUAGGAUAUAACAAAGUCGCCGACAACACAUUUGUUAAUCUUGUUCCUUUACUAGCAGGUAAAUUUGCUGAAGAAUUGCCAUGGAAUGAAAAAAUUCGCCAUCAAACUUUCGACCCGUUUAGAUUCCUUUGGAAUGGUUACAGAGACAGGGGUUUCAAGACUUUAUUUGUAGAGGACUCACCUUUGACGGCCAUGUUUGACAAUGCAAAAGCGGGUUUUAGGAAAAACCCGACUGAUUUCUAUAACCGACCCAUGGCUGUUGCCAUGGAGGAAACAAGCGAGAUAUGGUUUGAAAAUCACUUUUGUGUUCUAGAUAGAUUGGAGACGGAUAUAUUACUAGAUUACGUUUAUAGUGUGAUCAGAAUGAUAUCCAAGCAUCCAUACUUUGCUUUGGUGUAUCUCUCAAGGAUGACCCACGAUUAUAUAGAGGAUGCAGGCACCAUAGACGGCUCCAUCUAUAGGUUUUUUGACGACCUUCGUGCUAGCAGACUUCUAGAAAAUACCGUUGUUGUAUUGUUCAGUGACCACGGUAUGCGAUUCGGAGAAAUAAGAAAUACUUACAUUGGAAAAUUGGAGGAACGCUUACCAUUACUGAAUGUCAUCAUUCCCACACGUUUUGCAAAGGGUCGCAUUAAAGAAUUGCACAACUUGAUGACUAACACAAACCGACUUACUACCCCGUUUGAUAUUUACGAAUUUCUGAAUCAUCUGUUAUACUUUGAUGACUACAAACCAUCAUCCACUUAUGGAGUCAGUUUAAUGAAUACAAUACCUUUAAACAGGACAUGCCCAAGCGCCAUGAUCUCAUCUCACUGGUGCACGUGCACUGAAAUGAUCAUUGUACAAAAUAACAGUUCCAUUGUAAACAUGAUUUCAAAUUUGUUUGUACGAAUAAUUAAUGCUAAAUUCAUAAACAUAAGUGAUCAAUGUGCAACUCUAAAUUUGGAUAAUAUCGAAUCUUCCUACCUAAUAAAGCCCUUGGACAGCUUGCUGAAGUUUGAAAGUAGUGAAAACGAGGUUCUUAAUCAGAAGAUACGUUACGGGGACCCCGUGAACCCUGUCGUGGAUUACCAGGUCACUAUUCGGACACGGCCAGGGGGAGGGGUGUUCGAAGGGACAUUCCGGCACAACGAGGAAUACAUGGCCCUGGAUUUAGUGAGUGACAUCAGCAGACUCAAUAAAUAUCGUGAUGGUUCAUACUGUAUACAAAACUCUGAGCUGAAGAAGUAUUGUUAUUGUGCAAACAAUUAG